AUGGACCGUGACCAGACCAGGUUCACCCACAUUCGCUUGUCUCGCCUCUCCUCUUGUUGCUUCCCUCGACCUUACAAAGUCCAAGUCCAUCCCGCAUCCAAAGCCUCCGCCGUUCCUGUCCCGACUUGCCUUCCUUGUUCCUCCUCCCCUUCCCGCCUCCACCUCUCCCACCAUCACCAGAUCCCCUUUUCCCUGCUGCGUGCGGACAGACAACCACAGACGAAACAAAUACUCGCCCACAUCCGUCAAGGUCCUUUCUCCUUCUCUCCGGCACAUCAGAGAUACCCCUCUCUGCUAGUGCCUUGCUCCAUCUAUCCUCCGCGACAAAAUCACCACAACCCUUCUGCGACAUCUUCCAUCUUGCUUCUAGAGCAUCACAUACUGUAG